GUCAAUAAUGACAGGACCGCAAGAGACUUGUUUGUGUUUUUAUUAACAAAGAACUUUAUUUUAAAAAUAAUAUAAUUUCAAAACAUCUACAGAAACUUUCGAAAUGCCGACAGUAUUAUUAUUGGAUGUGUCUCUUUCUAUGACCCGGCCAAUUCCAUCUUCGGACUCUUCAGAAAAUCACACCCGGCUCUCCAUUGCGGCGACUGCUAUAAAUACAUUUUUAGAUUUUCUCAGUAUUCAUGCGAAACUAGAAUAUGUGGCACUAGUAUGUUUCUCAUCUAUGUAUGAAGUAUCUGUUCCUUUCACUCGAGAUUUUGAUAUCAUUAAGAAUAAAUUGACACAACUUGAAGAAGGUGACAAAACAUGCAUAGAAACUGCAUUUAUGGGUGUAAACCAUAUAAUACUAAAUGAAUGGGGAUCACAGACACCUGUGCAAAUCAUACUGAUUACAGAUGGCAACUGUGGAACUGGUCCUAUUGGCAGAAAUCGCAUAAUUCAAACAUUGCCACUUCCACCAUCAUAUCCAGCAAAAAUACAUGUGCUUCCCAUUGUAUCACCAGCGGAUACAUGCCUGCAACAUGCUAUGCCACUUUAUCAAAAAAUAGUAGAUCUAGCUGUGAACCCUUCAAAUAAUUCUAAUGGAACUAUAUCUCGAGGAUCUAUUUUCUGUCCAGAUCAACUCACUGUUCCAGCAGUGAUAGCUUCUAUGAACAGACUUUGUGAACAACACUAUCAAGAAUUUUGGUGCUCACUCAAAUGUGGACAAUUGGAAGCAAGAGUGCAAUUAUUCCCAGCCCCACAAUCUAUAGCUCAUGAAGGCCUGGCUACAACACAUACCCUUACACACCAAUUGCAUAUUGUGGGCUUCAUCAGCCAACAAGAUCUAGGUACACCUAUAGCGAUCAGUAAGCAUUUAGUAAUACCUCAAGCACAAGUAGGUGGAAAUAAUACGAACAGAGAGAACUAUGGGUCCAAAACACCAACAAAGGAAGGUUCUAGCACAGACAGCUCAGCUGCUGAAGAAGAUAUGUCUGAUCCUAGUAAAGUGCCCAACUUUUGUGUAUUACUACAUGGAGCUUUGAAAGUUGAAAGUAUGUCAGCCAUUGUUCAACUAGGGGCAGACUGGUGGGGUACACUAUCGGCAUGGUGUGAAGCGUCAAGAGCGCGUCGGUCUUGUCUGUUACUGAGCGUCCUCAGGCCUGGGGUGUCGGCCGCACCUUGGCUCGGUCCUUUAGACCAACUGGGGCCAUCUGAUGACACUACCUCAACUGAAACGUUUCCUAUCCGCUCGUGGCGGUCUUAUAGUGGCGGCGGUUCAGGUUGCGCCUGGGCAAGACCACAUGCUCUUCUCGCCGACGUUCAAAAGGUGCUCCGCCAUGCAAGGAAGCUGCCAGACAAGACACAACAUUUAUAUAAGGAGUUGAAUCGUCUUCGACGAGCUGCUAUUUCACUCGGGUUCUCAGAAUUGCUCACUUGUGUCGGCAGCGCCUUAGAACGCGAGUGCGCAUCACUGCCAUCCACUGCUCCUCCAGAGUGCGCGUUACAGUUGGCACAUGCUGCCGCCGCCCUUCGGGAUCCAAGAACUGCACUCGACAUCAAACAUACCCUACAGCCUCUUACUACGAACUUCACUGUUACUUCCAUGUCGCAUUAAUAAACUAAAAUACAAC